UGGCUCCAAAUAAACCCUAUCUAGGUUAGGGGAGAACAGGGGAAUGGCGAUGGAUGGCGACGCCCUGGCGGCGACGGCGCUGCUGCUGCGCGACAGCCUUCACAGGAGCCAGAGCGUGACGCAGAGCGUGAUGAGCAUCCUGGGAUCGUUCGAUGCGCGGCUGUCGGGCCUGGAAUCCGCCAUGCGCCCCACGCAGCUGCGCACGCACUCGUACAGGACUGUCCACCACAACAUCGACAAGACGCUCAAGGCGGCUCAAGCGAUUCUCACGCGCUUUGAUGUGUCGCGGCAGGUGGAAACCAAGAUCCUCAAAGGGCCUCGGGAGGAUCUGGGAGGCUACGUCGCGGCCGUGGAUGAGAUCAAGCGCAACAUCGAGUUCUUUACUUACAAUCGCAGCUUUAAGAAUGACGACGCUGCGCUCACCCAUGCACGUACGCUUCUUUCCAAAGCCAUGGAGAAGCUAAAUGGAGAGCUCAAACUUGUCCUCUCCCAGCACGGCAAGCCGGUGGAACCAGCACGGCUCUUGGAAUCCUUGCCCAAGACUGCCCCAGCGCACCAUGACAAUUCUACACCUGAUGCUCCUGCCACCACCAACGAUGCGGUUGUGCUUCCGAUGCUACUCCCCCCCAGGAUUGUCCCUCAGUUGCACGAUAUCGCUGAGCGCAUGAUCGGCUCUGGUCACCACCAGCAAUGCUUGAAAACUUACAGAGACGCGAGAGCAUCUGUAUUGGAGCAGAGCCUCCGUAAGCUAGGAGUGGAGAAGCUCACGCGAGAAGACGUCCAAAAACUACAAUGGGAGGUGCUGGAGGGAAAGAUUGGCAACUGGAUCCAACACAUGCGCGCUGCUGUCAAACUCCUCUUUGCAGCGGAAUGGAAGCUCUGCAAUCAAGUCUUCGAUGGCCUAGAUCCUUACCGAGAGGCUUGUUUUGCAGAAAUCACUCAGAACAGCUUCAGCGUGCUGAGCAGCACCGGCGAAGCCAUUGCUAGGAGCAAAAAGUCCCCUGAGAAGCUCUUUGUGCUCCUGGACAUGUUCGAGACUAUGCAUGAUCUUCUGCCGGAGAUGAAAACAAUGUUCGCAGGGGAGACAUCAGCUUCUGUUCGUGAUGCAGCUGCUGGUCUCACUCAGAAGCUAGCACAAACUGCUCGUGAUACCUUUGAUGAUUUUCUGGAUGCUGUGGAGAAAGACGCAACCAAAACUGCUGUCCAGGAUGGUACGGUCCACCCGCUUACGAGUUACGUCAUUAACUAUGUCAAGUUUCUCUUUGACUACCAAAUCACAUUGAGGCAACUCUUUGAUGAGGAGGACAAGGAUGUGUCGAGUUCCCGGUUGGCAGCAGCGACAUCGAAAAUUAUGGUCGUUUUACAGAACAAUCUUGACUCUAAGGCGAAGCAGUACAAGGACCCUGCUCUGACGCAUAUCUUUCUCAUGAACAACAUCCAUUACAUGGUUAAAUCCGUGCGAAGGUCGGAGGCUAAAGACCUUCUCGGGGAUGACUGGAUUCAAAGGCAUCGCCGCAUCGUCCAGCAGCAUGCUCAGGCAUAUCAGCGCACAGCGUGGGGAAAGCUACUUCAAUACCUCAGUGGCCAGGGAUUGUCGUCCUCUUCGGGAGGCAGCGGGAUGAGUACGGGAGGAGCUCCUGACGGAACCAGCAGUGGGAUAUCCAGAGCCGUGCUGAAAGAAAGGUUCAAAAACUUCAACAUUUUGUUCGAGGAGCUUCAUCAACGGCAGUCCCAAUGGACCAUUCCAGACGCGGAGCUGCGAGAUGCGGUGCGGCUGGCUGUCGCCGAGGUGCUACUCCCAGCAUACCGGAGUUUCAUCAAACGCUACAGUGCCAUUUUGGAGAAUGGGAAGAACACGCAGAGGUACAUCAAGUACACGGCGGACGACUUGGAUCGCUUGCUGGGCGAGCUGUUCGAAGGCAAGACUAGAGGCGGUCCUGGAAGUGGUGGCGGCAGCAGUGGUGGCGAACGAAGAUAGUGAAAGUUUUGUGUUGUGGAGGAUGUGAAUAUAUGUAAGUUUUCGACGCGUGA